AUGUCAGAGGAUGAUCCUCUUGCAGCUAGCCACCAGGCCCAAACCUCUUCGCGCUUUCCCGCCCGAUUUCCCACCGUCCCUGUCCCAAUAAAACAGAUCUUCGACAAAUUCCCAUUGAUAACCUAUCCGGCAAAUGAGCUACCGCGGCGUAUCACACGCCGCUCAGCUCGCCAUGCUCUGUACAUAUUUACUACCUCGAGAGCGGCAGAACGGGGUGCUCCAUCGUUUAACCCGCAGUGCUUAAAGUGGCAGGUCAGUCCGAGCUCCAGCUCCGAGGCUCGCCUGAACCUGAACCUUCCCCCAACCGCUCGUUGUACUUGCGUAACUGACGUUAUAACACCGACCUUAUACCAGGCAUACCUCAAAUUCGUUGGGAUUUCCUUCGAAACCGUGCCCUCUAAUAAUCAUGCGUCACCAACGGGUGCUCUUCCGUUCCUUAUCCCAACUUCCUCUGUUACCUCGGUCCCAACGAGCCCAAAGGGCCCAAUCCCUUCAAACAAGAUCCAAAAAUGGGUUAUUGAGCAAUACCAUAUUGAGGAGGAACAGCAGUUAAAUAUGCUGUUUGAUGUGUAUACAUCUCUGCUAGAUCAUAACAUACGAAAUGCCUGGAAUUUCAACGCCAUCGGGAGAAAUCUAUAUAUAGACUCGUCGACAUCUAAUCCUCUCGUUCGAACGAUAUUAGCCCGUCAGCUUCAACAAGCAGCCCGAGAUGAACUCCUCAAAUCAUCAUCCGUUAUAGAUGUGGACGAUCUCGAGGCGGAAGCCAAAAACGCGUUCGAGGCUCUGGCUUCUUUGCUAGGAAAUGAUAACUACUUUUUUGGAAGCAAGGAUCCGGGCCUAUUCGAUGCCAGUGUAUUUGCAUAUACACAUUUACUACUAGACGACACUCUAAAUUGGAAGCGGAACCCCAUUGGACGAUGCCUCAAAAAGUAUUCAAAUCUUGUGCAACAUCGCGAACGGAUACGAGACAGACAUUUUUAG